GCUUUCUGAGAACAUUUUUUCUGAUUCAAGACUGGAAUGAUCCAUUUUAUGUCAUGACUGCUAUUCUGGCAUUGUGUAGGGCAAAUGUUUGUUUUUAUUGAAAGAUAGGACCCAAAGAAAUGGAGGUCUUUGGAAUUUUGGGGGGAGGAGGUGAUGGGUAGAUGUGUGUGAGAGUGUGUGUGUGUGUGUGUGUGUGUGUGUGUGUGUGUGUGUGUAAAACCACAAAACAGUUUUUAGAAAAGGUCAUAUAAGUAAGCGUAAGCGUUAGGUAUUGUUUACAUUUAAGAAAUUAUAGACAUUAACUUAAUGUCUUUUUUUCAUUUCUUUCAAAGGUUUGGGCCCCAUGGUAUCCCUGUGACAGUAUUUCCCAGAAGGGAAUAUAAAGAUAAGCCAGAAGUCAUGCAGCUCCAAAGUAAUACAUUCCAAGAAGGGAUAGAAGUCAAGUGUGAAGUGAAUGGUGCUGUUCCCGAUGACACUUCUCCUGUCCCGCCUUCUGAGCUGAGCUUGGCUGAAAGCCUGUGGACUUCUAAACCACCACCUCUCUUCCAUGAAGGAGCACCUUAUCCCCCGCCUUUGUUUAUCAGGGACACAUAUAACCAAUCAAUACCUCAGCCACCUCCUCGGAAAAUUAAGCGACCCAAACGAAAAAUGUACAGGGAAGAACCCACUUCAAUAAUGAAUGCUAUUAAACUGCGACCCAGGCAAGUCCUGUGUGACAAAUGUAAAAACAGUGUUGUUGCUGAAAAAAAGGAAAUUAGAAAAGGUAGUAGUACAAGUGACUCUUCUAAAUAUGAAGAUAAAAAACGGAGAAAUGAAAAUGUAACUACUGUGAACAAAAAACUGAAAACUGACCAUAAAGUGGAUGGAAAAAACCAAAAUGAAAGCCAGAAAAGAAAUGCUGUAGUUAAGGUUUCCAACAUUGCUCACAGCAGAGGCAGAGUAGUAAAGGUUUCUGCUCAGGCAAAUACAUCAAAAGCUCAGUUAAGUACAAAAAAAGUGCUCCAGAGUAAGAACAUGGAUCAUGCAAAAGCUCGGGAAGUGUUAAAAAUUGCCAAAGAAAAGGCACAAAGGAAGCAAAGUGAAACCUCUACUUCCAAAAAUGCACAUUCGAAAGUUCAUUUCACUCGUCGAUAUCAGAAUCCUAGCUCAGGUUCCCUUCCACCCCGGGUUCGUUUAAAACCACAGAGGUACAGGAAUGAGGAAAACGAUUCUUCUCUGAAGACAGGACUUGAGAAAAUGCGGAGUGGCAAGAUGGCACCCAAGCCCCAGUCUCGCUGCACCUCUACCCGCUCAGCAGGUCUCUACAAAUGGCAGCUAUUACAUCAGACAGUGACGAGUCCUGCUGCUCCCUUACAGUGUCUGACAGACCACUGUGGAUUCAGACUGGGAGCAUUGAAGUUAACAGUGAAACGGGCAGCACAAAGACAUUAGCAGGCUGCUGGUUUCAUGGACCUGUACCACAAUGACAGAACACCAGCACAUCAGAACUGAAUGAAACUGGAGAUUUUUAAAAGCUGCACUAAGAAGUAAAUGUUAAGGCAGCGGUUAAUACCAACAGUCUGUAAAGGGGCACUUGCAAAUUGUGCUGUAUUAAACCGAAGAGAUUGUAUUAGGGAAUCUUUUAUACAAAAUAAACUAUUGCAAUAAAUUAUGCAUGAGAUGAGGGGAAAAGUGAUGUCAGACACACAUACACAAGAACUCAAUUGAAUUUUAUGCACGAAGAGUCACCGUCAGCUGCUUCUGAAUGCGAAGUUCUUAUCAGCACAGUUCGGACAGACCUGAAAGACUGGGGAUGAUGCAGAAGUGUCGAGUUAUUUUUCAUGCUUGAGCUUUGUGCUUUCUCCAGCGUUCAGGUUAGUCGUUCAGACAUGAGCAAAGGUGUUUCUAAAAUGGCUCUCCCAUGAAACAGCAGUAGUCACAUCUGCAAGGCCAAGGUUCCCUUCAGGAUGCUGAUAGAAACAACAGAAAAGGUGACCCAGCAUCCUGCUGGAAUGGAGAACAUGCCCCACUGCCCCCAACAAAAUUGUGAUCUUUUCUUUCUUUAAUAAAGCAGGGCUGUAUUAUCUUGACUAUAUGUUUGCUUGUUAGAACAUACUAAGAUGUAUUUAUUUGCCACUAGUAUUUAACAUAUUGUGCACAUUUUCACAACUACAUUCUUUCAAAUUUUGACUCAAAGUGGAUAGGCUAGUGUUAACUUUGGAGUGAAAACAUACACUCCAAGAGCUAGUUCUUAAUUCCAUUGUGCUGGAAAGGCUUUGCCAUUGUCUCUGUCCUUACUGGUUUUAUGUAGUUCAGAAAAGACGACAACAGCAGAAUUUUGAUGUGGACCUCUCCACAGAGAGGCCCUCCUAAGUGCAAGAAAUGCUAACAGGUGUCAGGUGGGACCUGGGUUACAAGUGGCAGGAACAGACCCAUACAGUGUUGGACUUUUCAUGCGUGGAUCGUGAACUCUUAUGAAUAGAGACUAAUUUUUUUCUUGUCUUUGGUGAAUACAUAUUAUGAAAAAGACCUUAAGUUUUCUUUUUUAACAAAUGGAGAAAACAUGAGAAAACCAGAUGGACCUGAUAAUACUACAUUUUUAAGGCAUUUUAUAUUUGAUGGUGCCGUACUUUUAAUAAUAAUAAAACUGAAGUUUUUUAGUGGCAAUACUGAUUUAUUUUUUAAACAAGAAAGAUAGUCCAUAUUGAUUACUUAUUACAAAAAAGGGGAAAAUGCCAAAAAAUAAAAAACCGUAAAAUUCAUUUGAAGCAACAUAACAGUAAUUGAGCAGUGGCUCGAGUAUUCAGACUUCCACAAUGCUACUGUAUAGGUUUGGAAUUAUGUAAUAAGCCCAUGCUCAGGAUUAACAAGAGGUUCUGGGUAAGUUUUAGAACAUUUAAUAUACCUAUGAUUUGCAUUAUAAACUCAAGGAAAGACAGGCAGUCUUGAGUCUAAUGAGCUUAACACAAAUUUUGAUUACACUGCAAGUAAUUAAAAGUUUUGAUUGUAUUCUAAAAUUGUCUUUGGAAAUUCCGUAUCAUGAAGUCAUUUUAUCAAAUCAGAAAAGGUCAGCUCAGGAACUGAGCAGGGAGUUCUGAAAAUGACACGAAGGACAGGGGUCUCUUCUCUAUGGCCCUUGGGCUUUGGCUUGGGUUCAUCUUGUUCUUUCAGAUAUGUCACACCAGCAGUACCUUUCACAGUCACUCAAGAACCUGAUCACUCCCAAGCCAUGGUGGGAUGACACAUGGGUUGUAUCAUCAAGAUUUUUAAUUAAGCUUUAGAAUUCUUUAUUUGUGUAGACUGAUGGAAAUGACUUAGAAGUAAUAAUAUAAAGCGAAAGAAUUGGAAGAGAUCAGGUUUUAAGUUUCUACGUAUUUUUUUCCUCAAGACAUAUUCUUGAAGGUGUUUUGUUACAAACCAGAUUUUCAUUUUUUUAAAAAUGAAACUUGGUGUUUAAAAUCUAGACCUACCAUGUUGCUAUUUCACUCCCAUUGCUUUAGUUGCUUAAUAUUUAAGCUUUGCGUCAUGCUACCUUUUGUCUCUAUUUCAAAUCUUCAUAAGCCUAUUUUGUUUUGUAGACUUGAAUGAUAAAAAUUGUUUCUCAUCUUAAGUAUGCUCAGAGUUUUAAAUGUUAAAGAAUGUUGUGUAACAUUUAUCCAAUAAAGUCUUUGAUUUUUUUAAAAUUUA